AUGAUGCUGUCCUGCUGUCUCUUGGUCUCACUCAUGGUCGCUCUGGGUCUCGCAGCACCGAUGCCGGACGGAGCGGUGUCUCCUUCCCCUGCAGUACGCGCUGAUUUGAAGUUGGCCACAGAAUACCUGAAGCGCUACUACAAGCUGCAAGCUGGACAGCCUUCGGAAUCCCUGUCCUUCGCGACCAAGCUGAAAGACAUGCAGACCUUCUUUGGCCUCAAUGUAACCGGUGUGCUGGAUCGGCAGACUCUGCAGGUGAUGAAGAGGCCUCGCUGCGGCGUUCCAGAUUUGGAAGAGUCCAACAGUCACAGCCGAGCGACGCGAUGGAGCGAGAAGGUCAUCACUUACAGCAUUGGCAGGUACACCCGAGACAUGCCACGCAGCACCGUUCACUCCCUGCUCGAGUCCGCUUUCAGCAUCUGGGCCAGAGCUGGUGGUCUGACGUUUGUCCGCUCGCACAACCGCAACGCUGACAUCAUGGUGGAGUUCGUCAGCCAUGAGCAUGGUGAUCUCUAUCCAUUCGAUGGAGUGGGUGGUGCGUUGGCUCACACUUUUGGUCCAGGUCAAGGCGUCGGCGGAGACGUGCACUUUGAUGACGACGAGCACUGGACAGCAGGAGACACAGGCAGUUUGAAUCUUUUAGUGGUGGCUGCACAUGAAUUUGGCCACGCUUUGGGCCUGGAGCACUCGAGGAGCCCUGCGUCACUCAUGCACCCAAACUACAGGCACUUUCCAGCAGGAGCCAAUCUCCUCUCCAAAGAAGAUGUCACACAAAUCAAUGCACUUUACAGUCCAGACCACCUUGCAAGGUACUCCUCAGAUUUGCCACCGUUCCCUCGACUCAUACAAAACAGAUGUGCUCCGGAUGUGACCUUUGACGCCGUCUGCACACUCGGGGAUGCCACCAUCUUUUUCAGAGAAAGGUAUCUGUGGAUUAAACACAAUAAGGCGUUUGACAUCAAAGAAGGUCCCAUCACCAACUUCAUGCCCAAGAUAGAAAGCAGCAUUGAUGCAGCCUUCUGGGUACCUCGCAGAUCCACUGCUUACCUCAUUCAUGAGUCUAUGUUCUGGACGGUGAAAGGCUCAGUCUUGAAGGGAAAGCCCAGAGCUCUCAGCCACUUUGGUUUUCCUGCCUGGGUGCAGGAUGUGGACGCUGCUGUACACAUUGUCAAAACGGGACGCACUCUCUUCUUCAUGCAUGAUAUUUACUGGAGCUACAAUGAAAACAGAAAAGUGAUGGAUUUUGGUUAUCCAAAGUACAUCAUUGAGGACUUUCCUGGACUCAACACCACAAUAAAUGCAGCCUUUUAUCACGAAGGCAGUGGAAGGCAGCCAUCACAAAAAAAGUUGGACUUCUGGACAUGCUGAAAGAAGGCAGACGUUACGCGGCUUUAGAGCGCCAUUACGGAAUGCUGUAAAUUAAUCUUCGGUUCAUGGAGGACGACAAGGAGUAAAAUACGACGACAGGAGCAAUAUGUUUUAACAAGCAUACAAAAACGCUACAGCCAAACUGCGCCAGGACGAAGAGGCACGGUCAGAGGAGUGGAAUACACGUGAGUCACUUAAUAAUUUCUUGUGUCCAACAUUUUAUUAAUUCAUUUAGUGGAGCAUAAAAAUAUGAAUGCAUUUUACUUGCUGCUCUCCAGCUGGUGCUGCUGCUGUUAAGAAACGCUGGCUUUUCCUCUCUAUGGAAGGACAGCAGUGACAAGCACCUUACAGGUCACACACACUCCCAUCCCUUUAGGAUGAAGCGAGUUCUGCAGUGCCUGCCACAUGAUAUUUCUCUGUCCGAUUAGCACGAAUAAUGAUGCCGUGCUUACAUUAAAAACAUUACACAGGCUGGAGAAAGUCAUGGUGUAAAAUAAAUGUUUCUGCAACAUUAUAUUAUUGGGGACAUGCUAACAAACAAAAACUGGCAGGCGCCAUGAGCCGACUCAUUGUACUCGCUGAGUGCACUCA